GCGCGGCUUUCAAACACCAUCGAUUUAGUUUACAAUAGACGGUUGAGUAGUAUACUGAAAUAGUGAGGAGCACGUGUGAUGUACGGUUCAUAGUUACUUCUUAGUGAAUUACUGACACGAUGGCUGAUUACAAGAUUAGAAACAGGCAAGAAAGCACAGAUAGUCUGGAUUCCUCAGCUAGUCAUGAGGAUUAUUCCGAAGACGAUAAAGAGGGCUACGAUAUUGAUGAUUUCAACAUCAUUAAGACUAUUGGAACGGGAACUUUUGGUCGUGUUCUCCUUUGUAAAAAUAAAAGUACGAACCAGUAUAGUGCCAUGAAAAUUUUAUGCUUGUCGGACGUAAUAAGACUGAAACAGGUGGAACAUGUAAAAAAUGAAAAAAAUAUUCUACAAGAAAUCAGGCAUCCUUUCAUCGUGAAUAUGUUGUGGUGCAGUAAAGACAACACUUGUAUUUACAUGUUAUUCGAAUACGUCUGCGGUGGAGAACUAUUUUCAUAUUUGAGAAACGCCGGCCGUUUUAGCACAAGCACGGGCAAUUUUUACACAUCCGAAAUAGUCUCAGCACUUGAAUAUCUGCACAGUAGGAGCAUAGUUUACAGAGAUUUAAAACCUGAGAAUUUACUUUUGGACAAGGACGGUCAUUUAAAGAUUACUGAUUUUGGAUUUGCGAAGAAACUGACAGACAGGACGUGGACAUUGUGUGGAACGCCGGAGUAUUUAGCACCUGAAAUUAUACAGAGCAAAGGACAUAAUAAGGCCGUCGAUUGGUGGGCAUUAGGAGUCUUAAUAUAUGAGAUGCUGGCCGGAUAUCCGCCGUUCUAUGACGACAAUCCGUUCGGUAUUUACGAAAAGAUACUUAGUGGAAAAAUAGAAUGGCCGAAACACCUGGACCCAGUUGCUAAGGAUUUAAUAAAAAAACUUUUAGUACAAGAUAGGACGAAACGAUUAGGAAAUAUGAAGAGUGGGGCUGAGGAUGUGAAACGGCACAGAUGGUUUAAAGGCACUGACUGGCAUGACGUUAUUAUGAGAAAAUUAAAUCCACCAAUUGUUCCUAAAAUUAUGUAUGAUGGAGAUGCCAGCAAUUUCGACGACUAUCCGGAAGGCGAUUGGAAAUCUGCCCGGACGUUGGAAGACGCAGAACUAAAACUGUUUGAAGAUUUUUGAUGCGCUUAUUUUAUUGUUUACUUUGUUUGGAUAAUGACAACAGAAACUUAGAAUAGACAUUGUUGGUGCUAUUAAAGUUUUUUAUAAUAAUUGUGAUAUAGAUUUACUGAAAUGCUUAACUUUAUAAUAAAAAUUUGAACGUAAAA